AAGACGAAUAAGAAUUAACGCUUACACGAGAAUCCGACGGAAUCGUCUGGGCCUCUCGCCGCUUGGAUCCCAACACACGAACACAGACCUUCUCUUCAUUUCGCAGUCGGAUUCCUAGUCAGGGUAAAAUGAAUUUUCCGAACAUCAGGGAUGUAUUGACUUCGUUUAGUCCUGCAUUAGACUAUCUUGCCCUUAGCACUGGAGAUGGCCGCAUCAAGAUAUGGGAUACUGUUAAGGGUCAGGUCCAAACCGAGUUUGCUGAUCUUGCAACUGCAGAAGAGACAAACUUGUAUACCAAGGUUGGAAAGGGCCAUCUUUCAGUUGAUUUUACAUGCAUGAAGUGGUUGUCUUUGGAGAAAAAGAAGAAGAGAAAAUUUGGGACUUCAUUACUGAUACUAGGAACAGGUAGUGGAGAUGUUUUAGCACUUGAUGUAGCUGCUGGUCAGCUAAAUUGGAGGAUAAGUGACUGUCAUCCUGGUGGUGUCAGUGCUGUUGCUUCUUCUAGACAUGCUUCCUGCAUUUACAGUAGUGGUGCAGAUGGAAUGAUCUGUGAAAUUGAUCCUCAUACUGGAAACCUCAUGAGAAAAUUGAAAGCUUCAACCAAAGCAAUCUCUUGUCUAUCUGUUUCACCUGAUGGAAAAGUUUUAGCCACUGCAUCUGCUCAGUUGAAGACUUUUAACUGCUCUAAUCACAAGAAGAUACAGAAGUUUACUGGUCAUCCCGGAGGUGUGCGUUGUAUGGCUUUUUCAGAAGAUGGGAAGUACAUCCUCUCAUCGGCAACGGGUGAAAGAUAUAUUGCUCUCUGGAAAACUGGUGGAGCCAAGAAGCAGUCUGCUAGCUGCGUUCUUGCCAUGGAGCAUCCCCCGGUUUUUCUGGAUAGCCAAUGCUUAACAGGUGAACAAGGAUUACAUGUGUUGGCUAUUUCAGAAAUUGGUGUCUGUUAUUUUUGGCAUGGCUCAAAUCUUGAGGAGCUAUCCAAUGUGAAGCCUACAAAAGUCUCUUUACCUAUUGAAGACUCUUUACUUCAACGUCACAAGGGCUCAGCACCUACAAUCUUUGCCGCAAAAUUACAAGGCAUUUUGAAGCCUGGUUCUGCGCAUGCCUUUAUUGCGUUUGGUUUGCUGGUGAAGCCAUCGUUCCAAAAAAUGUUAUUGCAGUUUGGUUCGGACUUGGUGUUGAAUGCCUCUAAGGAUGGUGUCCUUCUCCCAAUCGAUCAUUCGGGUUCCAAGGCCAAGAAAGGGCUAGGCUUGCAAAGUAAAGUUACGGCACUAGACCGUGCUCAUGCGGAGGAUGCUUUGCUGCCAGUCCCAAUUGUUGCUGACCUGGAGGACACUUGUGUACAACAAAAUUUAGAUACAUAUAUGAUUACUGAUGUGGCUAAUCAGGGUCAAGCUGCACUAGAUGAUGGAAAUGCAGGUCCAUUAGCUGGAGUCGAGAUGUCUCCUGAAACAUUUUGCAUGGAGGAUAGGUUGAAAUCGUUAGGGAUACUGAGUAGUAUGGAUGAAUCAAGCAAUCUUUCCCAUUCUUCCAUAAUUGAAGGGAUUGAUUUCGAGGCUAACCUGCCAGAAAAGAAGAUAAGGUCUGCGGUUCUGUCUAUGGCACCUUCUUCUGCGUGCAAGACCUUAGAAACCCUGGUUGCUUUGUGGCAGACAAGGGCAGGUAGUGGGAGUCAUCUUCUUCCAUGGAUAUACAACAUAUUGAUGAAUCAUAGUCAUCAUAUCAUAUCUGAGGAACUGAAGAACCACAGGCUGCUUGAUACAUUGCUCAAGAUUACCAAAUCUCGAGGGAUGGCUCUUCAGCAGUUACUGCAGUUGUCUGGGCGCUUGCAACUUGUGACAGCCCAGAUCGACAAGACUGCAAAUCAAACUCCAUCAACAGCCCAUGAAGAACAAAUGGAUGAAAGCGAUGCUGAUGAAGAUGUAGAAGAUCAUUUCUAUGGGGAAGACGAUAAUGAGUCAGAAUUAAGUAGUGAUGACGAGAAAGGGGAUACGAGGAUGGAAUAGUCACAGCUGCAUUGUGCUGAAAGAAGAAUACAAAAGGGUCAUUGCAACUGACCUCCUAGUCAUUUGAGGCUGCAAGUUCGGUUGCUCGUCUUCUCAGCUACACCCUGAAAAUUUAUUCUUGCAUUCUGUUCUUCAAAUCAUAAUUUUCCUAGCAUAUAAAUUAAUGCC